AUGCAAGUGCCGGUUCUCGGCUGCACUUUCCUCACGCUGUCAGAUCGUGAGGAAAGUACUGCCGAGAACCGGCAGUUGUCAGAGCGGGGAUCGGCACCGAUCAUCAGGGCACUGAUGAUCAGUGCCCUGAUGAUCGGUGCCCAGCAGUGACACCCGCAAGUUCCGCCCAGCAGUGCGCCCCAGCCCCGCCCACCUGUGCCCAGCAGUGCCCCCACCUGUGCCCAGCAAAGUGCCACCUACAUGUGCCCAGCAGUGCCACCCACCUGUGCCCACCCACCUGUGCCCACCAGUGUGCCACCCACCUGUACCCACCAGUGCCACCCACCUGUGCCCGCCCACCGAGUGCCGCCCAGCAGUGCUGCCAGUCAGUGCCACCAGUCAGUGCCCAGGGGUUGUGCCAGUCAGUGCCGCCAGUCAGUGCCCAGAAGUGAUGCCAGUCAGUGCCGUCUAUCAGUACCCAUCAUCAGUGUCACCUAUCAGUGCCGCCUAUCAGUGCUGCAUAUCAGUGCCGCCUAUCCGUGACCCCUAAUUAGUGCUGUCUAUCAGUGCUGCCUAUCCGUGCCACCUCAUUAG